AUGGCGAAUACAGUAAGCCAGCAUGGUUUAGAAGGCUUGCGAGUUGAGCUAAAUCGAGUGGUUGAAGAAAUGUGUCCGGAAAGCUCGUUUUUGGUGGAUUCAGCGAUUUUGGAGUGAGGUUUUUUGAAAUAUUUUUGUGUAGUUCUCUUGGAGGAUUUUUUUCAUAAUUUUCAUUCCACUUUCAGCCAAAUUUGAAAUAUAUUUUCUCAAAAUUCCAAUGAAAAACAAUUAGUCGAAAAAUCCUUGUGGAAUUUGAGGUAUUUUUAGACGAGGCAAUUUUCAGCUAAAAAUUCCCCCACCCCCUUCCCAAAAAACCUCACCCCAUUCCAGAAAAUGCGAGCGCCAUCUCGAAUUGGCUGCAAUUUCCCGCGACGCCGCAAUUAUGUGCUCAAACAUCGAUGCGGCACAACAACAAAUCGCCGAAUUGACGUCUAAUUUGGUUGCCGAAGAUGUUUUGGAUCAUAUUUUCGACAAAUUUUGUAUUGGAAAAUGA